GGCGGGGCCUAUGCCCCAGCCCCUCGGUGCGCCCCCGCCCCCGGCCCGGCCUUAGCUGAGGCUUCCGCGGCUCCGGCGCUCAGAAGCACCUUGGGAAUCUGCAGGAACCGAGCGUGGUGAGCUCAAGAGGAGGUCCAAGUGACCCAGUGAUGCUCAGAGACCGCUCUGGGAGUGAACAGCCUCUGGCUGCUUAGGGGCCGGUGGGCUUACUGUCAGGGGCCCCCAUGGAGACAGGGGGCCCUGGGUUGAACAAUAUGAAGCCCCGGUCCCUGCAGCUGGUGCUGGAAGAGCAAGUGCUGGCGCUGCAGCAGCAGAUGGCCGAGAACCAGGCAGCCUCAUGGAGGAAGCUGAAGAGCUCCCAGGAGGCCCAGCAGAGGCAAGCGGCUCUCGUGAGGAAGCUGCAGGCCAAGGUGUUACAGUAUCGGAGCUGGUGCCAGGAGCUGGAGAAGCGACUGGAAGCCACCGGGGGACCGAUCCCUCAAAGGUGGGAAAGCGUGGAAGAGCCAAACCUGGAACAGCUGCUAAUCCGAUUGGAGGAGGAACAACAGAGGUGUGAGAGUCUAGCAGAGGUGAACACCCAGCUUCGGCUGCACAUGGAAAAAGCUGACGUGGUGAAUAAAGCGCUUCGGGAAGAUGUGGAAAAAUUGACAGUCGACUGGAGCCGGGCCCGGGAUGAGCUAAUGAGGAAGGAGAGCCAGUGGCAGAUGGAGCAGGAGUUCUUCAAGGGCUACUUGAAAGGGGAGCACAGUCGCCUUCUGGGUCUAUGGCGGGAGGUGGUGACUUUCCGACGCCACUUCCUGGAAAUGAAGUCAGCCACUGACAGAGACCUGACGGAGCUCAAGGCUGAGCAUGCGAGGCUUUCGGGGUCCCUGUUGACCUCUUGCCUGCGCCUGACUGUGGGAGUACCACCGUCUCGGGAGUCUGAUGGAUCUGGGAGACUGAAUGGAAAUGAGCCGUCCCAGUUGAUGCUGCUACUAGCCAAGACCCAGGAACUGGAGAGGGAAGCCCAUGAAAGGAGCCAGGAGUUAAUACAGCUGAAGAGUCAAGGGGAUCUGGAGAAGGCGGAGCUUCAGGAUCGGGUGGCCGAGCUCUCUGCCCUGCUGACCCAGUCUCAGAAGCAAAAUGAAGAUUACGAAAAGACGGUGAAGGCUCUGAGAGAGACGAUGGAGACCCUGGAGGCAAAUCAUGCAGAAUUAAUGGAACAUGAGGCAUCUCUUAGUAGGAACGCCCAAGAGGAGAAGUUGUCUUUACAACAAGUGAUCCAGGAUAUAACCCAGGCCAUGGUCGAAGAAGAGGACAGUAUGGCCCGUGGUUCUAGUCACAAGAGCUCCUUGCUGUUGGACCCCGGUAGCUUCUCCUCCCAGUUUGAUUCCCAGCAUCCAGACAAGGCUGUCUCUCUGGUGCGUUUGGUACUGACUCAGAGACGCCAGGCUCUGCAGGACCUAAGGCAGCAGCUGUCAGGCUGCCAGGAAGCUGUGAGCUCCUGGCAACAGCAGCAUCUCCAGUGGGAGGAAGAGGGGGAAGCCCUGAGACAGCGGCUGCAGCAGCUCACGGGGGAGCGGGACACCCUGGCAGGGCAGACGGUGGACCUGCAGGGGGAGGUGGACUCUCUCAGCAGGGAGCGAGAGCUGCUGCAGAAGACCAGGGAGGAGCUGCAGCGGCAGCUGGAGGUGCUGGAGCAGGAGGCGUGGCGACUGCGGAGGACCAACAUGGAGCUCCAGCUGCAGGGCGACUCUGCUCAGGGCGAGAAGGAGGAACAGCAGGAGGAGCUGCACCUGGCCGUCCGAGAGAAGGAGCGUCUUCAGGAGACGCUGGCAGUCCUGGAAGCCAAACAGUCCGAGUCCCUCAGUGAACUGAUCUCCCUUCGGGAAGCCCUGGAGUCCAGUCGCCUAGAAGGGGAGCUGCUGAGGCAGGAGCAAACAGAAGUGACCGCCGCGCUGGCCAGGGCAGAACAGUCAAUUGUGGAGCUGUCGAGUUCUGAGAACAGCCUGAAGGCUGAGGUCGCUGAUCUUCGGGCUGCAGCUGUCAAACUCAGUGCCUUAAAUGAGGCUUUGGCCUUAGAUAAAGUUGGACUGAACCAGCAGCUUCUCCAGUUAGAACAGGAGAACCAGUCUGUGUGCAGGAGGAUGGAGGCAGCAGAGCAGGCGAGAAGCGCUUUGCAGGUGGACCUGGCAGAGGCCGAGAGGAGCAGGGAAGCCCUGUGGGAAAAGAAUACCCACCUGGAGGCCCAGCUGCAGAAAACAGAAGAGACCAGGGCAGAGCUGCAAGCGGAUCUCAGGGGCAUCCAAGAAGAGAAGGAAGAAAUUCAAGAGAAACUAAGCGAGACAUAUCACCAGCAGGAGGCAGCCUCAGCUCAGAUGGAACAGCUAAAGCAAGAGACAAAGCGCCAGGAAGAGAUGCUUGCCCGAGAAGUCCAGGAGAAGGAGGCUCUGGCACGGGAGAAGGCGGCUCUCGAGGUGCGGCUGCAGGCUGUGGAGCGAGACCGGCAGGAGCUCUCAGAACAACUGCUGGGGCUCAGCUCAGCCAAGGAGGUACUGGAGAGCAGUCUGUUUGAGGCCCAGCAACAAAAUUCUCUGGUAGAGGUCACCAAAGGGCAGCUGGAGGUCCAGAUUCAAACUGUCACUCAAGCCAAGGAAGUAAUCCAAGGGGAAGUGAAGUGCCUGCAGCUGGAACUGGACACUGAACGGAGCCGGGCAGAGCAGGCGCGGGACACAGCAGCUAGGCAGCUGGCCCAGGCUGAGCAAGAAGGGCAGGCUGCCCUGCAGCAGCUGAAGUUGGCCCAUGAGGAGGAGGUGAAUCGGCUCCAGGAGAAGUGGGAAGAAGAGCGCUCCCAGCACCGGCAGGAACUGGAGAAGCUUCUGGAGAGCCUGGAGAGGGAGAAGACGGAGCUGGAAGCGAGGCUGAGCAAACAGCAGGCAGAAAUGGAGGCAAUGCGGACGCGGAGGGAGGAAGAGCGGGCCGAGGCCGAGAGCGCCCUGUGCCAGAUGCAGCUCGAGACAGAGAAGGAGAGGAUGUCCCUCCUGGAGACGCUGCUGCAGACGCAGAAGGAGCUGGCAGAGGCCAGCCAACAGCUGGAGCGGCUGAGGCAGGACAUGAAGGUUCAGCAGUUAAAGGAGCAGGAGACCACCGGGAUGCUGCAGACCCAGCUCCAGGAGGCUCAGCAAGCGCUGGAGCAGGCAGCCCAGCAGCAUAGAGACAGCCUGGUGGCCCUCCAGGAGGAGGGCUGCGUCCUGCUGCAGGAUAAGACAGACCUGCAGAAGCAGGUGGAGGACUUGAAGUCUCAGCUGCUUUCCAAAGAAGCCUCCCAGAGGUUCAUGGACCAGGAGGUUCAGGAAAAGCUGAGAGAGGCCCAGGAGUGUAGCCGAAUUCAGAAGGAGCUGGAGAGAGAAAAAGCCAGCCUGACUCUGUCGCUGGUGGAAAAGGAACAGAGACUCCUUGUUCUGCAAGAGGCUGACUCUGUUCAACAGCAAGAACUGAGCUCCCUGCGCCAGGACAUGCAGGAGGCCCAGGCUGGGCAGAAAGAGCUCAGCGCUCAGGUGGAAUUACUGAAGCAGGAGGUGAAGGAAAAGGAGGCUGACUUCCUGGCCCAGGAGACUCAGCUGCUGGAGGAGCUGGAGGCGUCUCGAGUCACUGAACAGCAGCUCCGAGCUUCCUUGUGGGCGCAGGAGACCAAGGCGGCCCAACUCCAGCUGCGCCUGCGCAGCACGGAGAGCCGGCUGGAGGCGCUGGUGGCGGAGCAGCAGCCUGGGCACCAGGCCCAGGUCCAGCUGGCCAGCCUCUAUUCUGUCCUGCAGCAGGCCCUGGGGUCUGCCUGCGAGAGCAGGCUGGAGCUGAGCGGCGGGGGAGACUCAGCCCCCUCCCUCUGGGGCCCGGAGCCAGACCAGAAUGGCGCUAGGAUCCUCUUUAAGAGAGGGCCCCUCCUGACGGCUCUCUCAGUUGAGGCGGUGGCGGCCGCCCUCCACAAGCUUCACCAAGACCUGUGGAAGACGCAGCAGGCCCGGGAUGAUCUGCGGGAUCAAGCCCAGAAGCUGGAACAGCGUCUCAGUGAUAUGGAGGCCGAGAAGAGCCAGGUCCACACAGAGUUGCAGGCUCUGCAGAGACAGCUCUCCCAGAACGAGGAAGAGAAAUCCAAGUGGGAAGGCAAACAGAGCUCCCUGGAAUCUGAGCUGAUGGAACUGCGUGAAACUGUGGCGUCCUUACAGAGUCGCCUCCAGCAGGCAGAGCUGCAAGGAGUGGAAGCCCAGAAUGAGCGCAAGUUACUGCAGGCAGCCAAGGAGAGCCUAACUGCCCAGGUGGAACAUCUCCAAGCCUCUGUCACAGAGGCCAGGGCUCAGGCAAGUGCUGCUGUGGCCCUGGAGGAAGAUCUGCGGACAGUGCGCUCAGCCCUGAAACUGAAAAAUGAGGAGGUGGCGAGUGAGCGCCAACGAGCCCAGGCCCUGCAGGAGCAGGGUGAGCUGAAGGUGGCCCAGGGGAAGGCUCUGCAGGAGAAUCUGGCUCGCCUGGCCCAGGCCCUCUCUGAAAGAGAAGGGGAGGUAGAGACUCUGCAGGGGAAAAUCGAGGAACUAGAGAAGCAAAGGGAAAUGCAAAAGGCUGUGUUGGAAGUGCUGUCUCUGGACCUGAAGAAGAGGAACCAAGAGAUGGAUCUACAGCAGGGACAGAUCCAGGAGCUGGAGGAGUGUAGGUCUGUGCUAGAGCAUCUCCCCGUGGCCGUCCAGGAGCGAGAGCAGCAGCUGGCCCUGCAGAGAGAGCGGAUCCAGGAGCUUGAGAAGGACCGGGAGACGCAGACGAACAUCCUAGAGCAUCAUCUCCUGGAACUUGAGAAGGCGGCCCAAGUGAUCGAGUCCCAGAAAGGCCAGAUUCAGGACCUGAAGAAGCAGCUGGUUACAACGGAAUGCCUGGCCCUGGAGCUCGAAGAGAAGCGUCACAAAACGGAGAGCCAGCGAAAGGCAAUCGAGGAGCUGGAGGGCCAGAGGGAAGCGCAGAGGGUGGCUCUGACCCACCUAACGCUGGACCUGGAGGAAAGGAGCCAGGAACUGCUGGCGCAGGGCAGCCGGAUCCAGGAGCUGGAGGGCCACAGCGCUCUCCUGGCAGGCGAGCUCCAGGAGAAGGAGCAGGAGGCCACGGCCCAGCGAGACCAAAUCCGGGAUCUGCAGAGGCAGAAAGAGCGUCUGAGUCAGGACCUGGAGAGGAGGGAGCAGGAGCUGGUGCUGCUGAAGGAGAGGACGCAGGCCCUGGAAGAUCAGAGGAGCCGGCAGACCAAGAUCCUGGAGGAGGACCUGGAGCAGAUCAAGCUGGCCCUGAGAGAGCGGAGCCGGGAGCUGGCCUCACAGCGGCAGCUGAGGCAGGAGUGGGCGGAGGAAGGGAAGGGCCAGAGCAAAGCUCAGCGUGGAAGCCUGGAGCACAUGAAGCUGAUCCUGCGAGACAAGGAGAAGGAGGUGGAGUGCCAGCAGGAGCACAUCCAGGAGCUUCGGGAACACAGGGACCAGCUGGAACAGGAGCUCCAGGGCCUCCACAGGAAGGUGGGUGAGACCAGCCUCCUUCUCACCCAGCGGGAGCAGGAGAUUGCGGUCCUGCAGCAGCACCUGCAGGAAGCCCGGGACCAGGGGGAGCUGAAAGAGCGGGAACUUCAGGGGCGGCUGGAAGAGACCCAGAGGGUCCUGGUGCAGAGGACACAGGAGCUCCAGGCCCUGCAACAGCAAGAGGCCCGGGGCCAGGAGGAGAACGUGAAGGAGCAGGCGGACUCACUGCAGACUGCCCUGGAGCAGGCGCACGCCACCCUGGAGGAGCGCCGGGCCGAGCUGGAGGAGCACAAGGAACUUGCGCGGAGGCUCCAGGAAGAGCUGGCGGUGGAGGGGCGGCGGAGCCAGGCCCUGGAGGAGGUGCUGGGUGACCUUCGGGCAGAGGCUCGGGAGCAGGAGAAGGCACUGCGGGCCCUCCGGCAGCAGUGUGCCGAGCAGGCCCAGGAGCAUGAGGCAGAGGCCCGGGUCCUGCGGGACAGCUGGCUGCAGGCAGAGGCGCUGCUCGAGGCCCGCGACCAGGAGCUGGAGGCCCUGCAGGCCGAGGGCCAGGCCUCCCAACGGCAGGAGGAGGCUGCCCGGGGCCAGGCUGAGGCUCUGCAGGAGGCCCUUGGCCAGGCUCAGGCCGCCCUGCGGGAGAAAGAGCAGCAUCUCCACGGGCAGGCCGAACUGAGCCGCAACCUGGAGGCCAGCACGGCCACCUUGCAGGCUGCCCUGGACUCCUGCCAGGCCCAAGCCCGGCAGCUCGAGGAGACCCUCAGGAAGCGGGAAGGUGAGAUCCAGGAUGGGGACCUCCGACACCAGGAGGCUGUGCAGCAGCUCCAGCAGGCACUUGCCCGGAGGGACGAAGAGCUUAGAGAGCUGAGGAGGCAGGGGCAGCUGCUGGAGAAGUCUCUGGCCCAAGAGAAGCAGGAGCGUAGGCACAAGAGAGAAGGGGAAGAGGUGAGGGGCCUCCGGGAGAGCCUAAGGGAGCUACAGCGGACCCUGGCACAAAAGGAAGAUGAGCUCCUGGAGCUGCGGGAGGCCCAGCAAAGGAAGGAUCUGGAGGACUCGCCCCACAGCCACAAAGCCUCGCCCGGGGAGGAGCUGUCUCCCCCACUCAACUCCUCAGGGCCCAGGCUACAGCGGGAGCUGGAGCGACUGCAGGUGGCUCUGAGACGGACGGAGGCCAGGGAGAUCGAGUGGAGGGAGAAGGCCCAGCACCUGGCACUGUCCCUGGCCCAGAGCAAGGCCAGCGUGAGCAGUCUGCAGGAGGCGGCCCUGCUCCUCCAGGCCUCCGUGCUGGAGCGGGACUCGGAGCAGCAGAGGCUGCAGGACGAACUACAGCUCACCAGACAAGCUCUGGAGAAGGAGCGGCUCCACAGCCUGGGCCCGACCAGCCAAUCAGAACAGGGGUCUGGAGGAGAGCCCUGCGUCCGGCUGGGAGAGGUCUCGGAGGUGAAGACGGAGCCGAGUCCUGAGGCGGAGAAGCAGCGCUGGGAGCAGAGGCUUGAACACCUGCAGCGAGCGGUUGCGCAGCUGGAGGUUGACCGGAGCCGGCUGCAGCACCACAACGCCCAGCUGCGGACCACCCUGGAGCAGGUGGAGCGAGAGCGCAGGAGACUGAAGAGGGAAUCCACGCGCGCUUCCAGGACGGGGGUCCUCGAGAGCAGUGGAGCCACAACACCAUCCCCCACACCCCAGGAUGGAAGAGGAGGACAGAAGGGCUCCUCGGAUGCCACAUACAUGGCUGAGCUGCAGAAAGAGGUGGCCCUCCUGCGAGCCCAGCUGGCCUUGGAGCGGAAGCAGAAGCAGGACUACAUCGCCCGCUCCGUGCAGACGAGCCGUGAGCUGGCGGGCCUGCACCACAGCCUGUCUCACUCCCUCCUGGCCGUGGCCCAGGCCCCCGAGGCCACUGUCCUGGAGGCCGAGACCCGCAAGCUGGAUGAGUCCCUGACUCAAAGCCUGACGUCCCCCGGGCCCGUCCUCCUGUGCCCCAGCCCCAGCCCUGCUCAGGGCGCCUCCAGGUAGCAACCACAGCCUGGGCAGGACACGGGCCAGCCUGGGAGCGCACAGACAGACAAGAUGGCGGUGGAGUGGGUUGUGGCCCCUCCAGGCAGUUGCAGUUGGCCAGAACGAGUUCUGGCUCUGUGACCCAACCUGGGAGCCCCAGGUCAGCAGACAUUCCCAGGAAGAGGGAAGGAAACCCACAAGGCUGGGGGCAGGCCCUGACUCACGGGAAUGAGGACACAACACUUAUUGCCAACCUGCAGUCACCCCGAGAGCGCCUUGCCCUGGCCAAGUGGGUGUCUGCAGCCUCUCACAAGAACUCAUUAUCCAGCCCCUCACCCUCUGUCACCUCCCCCUUCAGUAAAAAACCCUGGGUCUUGGCAUUUGUUCUCUGCUGCUGUCUUUACAGUAUAGCUGGGCAACAGCAGUACAUCAGGAGCAUCUAUUAAAGAGGACUUCACUAAAGAUUCCUGUCAGGCGGCAUGAAUUUGUCAUCUGCCUGCAUUCUGACAGAGAAGGGCUGCAGAAGGCACACAAGACAGAGUCCCUGUCCCCAGGAAGCUUGAGCCCAGUUGACAAGACCAGGCAGACGCCCAUCCCUGAAUCAGAGACAGUUCUUCUGUCUGCUGCCUAGAAGUGCUGUAGAAAUGCCCGGGCCUGAGGCAGGCAUGAACUGGCCCUCGAAGGCUGGAGAGGACUCGGGAGGGUGGCCAAGUGUUCUGGUGAGAAGACGUCUGCCCUGUGGGAUGGGCAGCAAGGGAGAUGAGGGAGGGCCUUGGGGAUCUAGAUUCGAACUCAGGGGUAAUGAGGAACUGUCAUAUGUUCUUGACUUAAAACUUGUUCUGGGCUUCAGAAACACUGAUUGGGCUCUUGGCUAAAGUCAGUCUCACGUUCAGAAAUUCUCUCUGGCCUCAUUCCCCUUCUGUGCUGGGUGAGUGUCCUCAGGGUGUCCCUUUCCGGGCGUAUCAGAUGCAGCUGACUCUGAUCCUCUGUAGUCCAGCCAUGGGUCAAACCAGGAAGGAGGAUGGACAAUGGCAGAACUCAUCACUUGCGGCCUGACCUUGGUGGAGGCGGUGUGUAGGCUUAAGGCCUAAUGUUGGCGGCUUCAUCAAAGCCUAGGAGAGAACAGUUUUCUUCAAAGAAGAAGGCAUGAUCUUCCUCUGGCCCUCCAACUGUAGUCUGGGGUUCCUCUUACCUAAGCCUGGGAAUGGAGCUAAGGCUGGCUAAGAAUGGGGAGGUUUGCAAUCAGCACUACAGUACCCCAGACCUAUUUACCCAAGGCUUAGGCCCCAUUACAUCCCAUCACACCACACAGAGUGGGAAGGAGGAUGUUUGCCACUGCUGGAGCUUGGUUUCAAAGCCCAUGCAUGGGACUCAGCACAGAGGCUUAGUAAAAAGUUACAGUUUAACUACCCUCUGCAGAACUAAAUCUGGAGCCCCAAGAUUCCGGCUGGUCCCCACCUCUAGUCAGAUUCCCCGUGGCUCAGGAUCCUUACCUGGCCUUUUCUGCACUCGGAGUUCUCAGGGACAAGCACAAUUUCUCUAGGUUCCUUAACUUUUUUUGGUCCCCAACUCUGGUUCUCUUGCUUAGAGGCUGACAGAGGGACCCUGUUGUCCACCUUGUAGUUUCUUCUCAGUUCCAGUAUCUGUAGGUCGUAAGCCAAGGCCUUAAGCCCCACACACCUUCUGGGGCCAGGAAGAGAGUUUCCAGCAGAUGAAAGGCAUUUUAGAGGCAGCCAAGCUGAGUCUUCAUCCAGUAAAUAGCUCAUCUAUACCUGCUCCUGCCUCCCCACCCAAUCCUCAAUAGCCCCUCACCCCACUCUGGAUGUCAGGCCUAGGGCUCCCCUCCCCAGCAGAUAGUCCAUCAGGCUUAGUCCUGUGUUCAGUUGUUAACUGUCAUCUUACUUUCCCCUUCUUAGCUUGUGUAUGCUUUUCUGCUCCAACUUCCUAGAAUACAGUUUUCUUUUUAAUAUCUAUUUAUUUGACUGUGUUGGGUCUUAGUUGCAACACAUGGGAUUUUCCUCUCUAGUUGUAGCUCCAGAGCUCAAGCUCGGUAGUUGUAGAGUAUGGACUUAGUUGCCCCAUGGCAUGUGGGAUCUUGAUUUCCCCUAGAGAUCAAACCUGCGUUCCCUGCUCUGGAAGGUGGAUUCUUUACCACUGGAACACUGGGGAAGUCCCUAAAAUACACUUUAUUUAACCAACAGUAGGAUCAUCUGUUUGGAGAGUCCUACCAGUCAUGGAGCCCAUUGCUCUUAUCAGCUCCAAACCCAGAGACUCGAAUUGGAGAAGCACGGAGGAAAGAGUAUGGGUCUUUGGGGCAGCACCCUACCUUGCUCCAGGACAUCAGGCCAGAGGUCCCUUUCUCUUCUUGUCACAUGCAACAGGACAUAACCAGCUCAGUGAAUCCGAUGGAUGGGAAUUCACUGUCUGAUCAUCCAGCCGGAUCUCAUGGGUGCACUUGAGGAUGGUGUGAUUGAUCUCCAGAACCUAGGGGAAUGGAGAUCAGAGCUGAGCAUGUGGGUCUUCUCCAUCCACAAAUCCCCACCCUCCAUCCUGCCUUCUCCUUUUCUGCUUUGAUAGCAGCUGCUCGAGGCCCCAAAGUCCCGAGAGCAGAAGGCACAAGAGCUGAGUCAGAGUCUGGGCAAUGUUCUUGUUUGCAGGGAGCGCUGGGUCUGGUGAGUGCGGCACCCUAUUCUCUCAAGGCACUUCAUGCUUUGCAUGUAAGAGCGACAGUCACCAUAUCGCAACCUAAUUACCUUUGCUCAUCUGCUUCCCCAUGUGGGACCAGCAGCAACUUAAAGACUGAAAAAGCUGCCUGGCAUGAAGUAGAGAAGGGAAAGCUGGUAGUAUACAUUGAGGGUGAAGACAGUGGGGAGAGUCCAAUCAGACUGCAGAGUGAGGACAAGAUCAACAUUUACACCUAAAGGCUGAGGGCUGUCUGCUCCAACUCUGGGUCUCCAGCCAAGGAAAGGUGCCCUUUCGUCUUGGCUCAUGCCCCCUGCAGCCCACACUAGCUCCAGAGGCUUCGACACCAGGAGAACGUGGGCAUUCCUCCAGGUCGAGGGCAUUCUCAGGCAUGGUAUGUGCAGGGAGGUUCCAUUGCCCAUGCUGUUCUCAGAGCCUAGACAUGCAGCCUGGUUCAUUCUGCAGAGAUAGGAAAGGAUAAUGUCAGGGAGGUGCUGGGGCUCAGCCCCACACUGCUUACCAUCCUCCCCCCUGCUCUCCCAGAGUGCAAUGCAGUGCUCAUCAAUGGUUAUCCCAUAUUCCUCACCAUAUAGCCCAGGACAGGCAUGAACAGGACUUGGUAUGGCCAUGACCUGUAUAUCAGCUGGAAUAGUUCCUCCUUGGCCGGCUGGACUUGGGUUAGGUUUCCUAGCAUUGAUACCCAUGGAGAAGAGACAGACCACUCACCACUUCACCCCUGUGUGCCAGCACAGAGAGGAGGCUGGAUCCCGUUGGUGUAAAGAAAGGGGCCCGGGAGAGGAUGCAGCCCAGAGCCCGGGCUUUCUGGAGACGGGGUGGUCUCUGAUUCCAUCAGGAGUUUCAGGGCCUAUGUGAAGUGCAAGGCAAAUCAGGCAGACACCCUGUUAGUGGAGGCAGGCUAUGCAGACACUGGGGCCAGCAGCUGAACUUCUAGAAGUAUCUGUGGAAGUGGGGGAACCUCACCCACAAAAGCAGCAAGGCAAACCCCAGCCAAAGACUGCAUCAGGCCUCAUUCCUGGUGGCUGAGGCAGUAAAGAAUCUGCUUGCAAUGCAGGAGACCCGGGUUCAGUCCCUGGGUCAGGAAGAUCCCCUGGAAAAGGACAUGGCAACCCACUCUAGUAUUCUUGCCUGGAGAAUCCCCUUGGACAGAGGAGCCUGGCAGGCUAGUCUGUGGGGUCACAAAGAGUCCGACGUGACUGAGCAGCUAACGGUUUUUCACUUUCAUCUCAGCUCAUGGAACCAGACCCUGGGGCAGCUAGUUGGUUUAGUUGUUUGAUCUUAGGACACAUGAGGCCUCUAGCUGUUCCCCCCAACACCUCACCUCCUACUUCCUGUCCCACUGACCACCUACCCACUCCCAGGGCUGAGGAAGGAUCUACCUGAGCAACAUGGAAAUGCUGAGUCCUGAAGAGCCUGGGGGAUGGUGAGCAGAGGCAGGGAGGAGGAAGGAGCAGGGGCCAUCAGGGUUCUCUGAGCCAUGAGAUCCCUCCCCCCUCCCCUCGAUCCUGGGGUGCAGGCUUAGCUCUGCUCACCAUGCUGAGAAAGCAGGCGAGGGAGAAGGAAAGACAAGAACAAGGGGUCUCAAGAACCUGGCCCCCCUGCAGUUUACUCCUCUAUGCUCCUGGGACCAGAGGGGUUUGCCUAGACCCUGACGGAGGUGAUGGCGAGGAGUGAGGCUUUUCCAGAUAAAAAAGAAUUGUGUUCUCUGGCCCCUCUGAGAGUCUCACCUGACACACUGGCAGCCCAGCAUGGAGUGGACAUUAUGACCUCUCUUUUCCUUUUUUUUUUUUUUUUUUGCCCCCACGUGGGGUCCUAGCUUCCCGACCAGGGAUCAAACCCACACCUCUGCAUUGAGGGUUAGAACCCACAGCCCCUGCACUGGAAAGCAAAGUCUUAACCACUGGACCCCCAGGGAAGCCCUAUGACCUCUUAGUCCUUUGUCAUUAACAUCCCCAGCUCUUUAUAUGCCUUCAUAGCACCUGAAGCUUGAUACAGGUGGAAGAACUUGGAAGCAAAGAGUUGACCCUCUUGAAUAGAUCAAGGGUCAGAGGAGAGAUAUGAGUGAAGGCAGUCAUGUGUCCAUCUGAGUGUGGGCACUCACUCAGCUAGUGGUCAUUUGUGUGGAGGCAGGAGAGGGUAAGAAUGUGUAUUUAAAUUUAGUUCUUCCUUAGUUAUUUACUGCUACUAGUUGGGGUGCAGGAGUCAGGGGAAGGUCUUAUUCAGGGCUUGAUAGCCCAUACAUUGUUCCUGCACCCCCUGUCUUGGUUCCCUGUCAUUCCCUCUCCUGUAUCUUCAUAUUCCAAUCCAACCAAGAGUCUGAGGCUGGUUGCUGGCUAAGAGUCGUCUCAUACACGAGCUGGUGGAGUUUCUCGCCUUCUGCUGUUGUAUGGUGCUUUGCAAGCCAUUCAGGAGUCUUCACCUCUAGCUCUCCUCCCUGUAUACGGGGCCACCCCUUCAGCUAGUCUGCCCAAGCCCAAACGGGAAAAUCCAGUGGAUGAGAUCAAAUGGGCUGGUUGAUUCCCCCCUGCUCCUAAUCCAACUUUUCAUGCAUUUGGCAAAUACUCAUCAAAACUGUGUGUCACAGAACUUCACAACACACACUGAAAGGAGGAGCUCACCUCCAGGGCCUGGAGGCAGAGAAACAGCAGACCUGGGUGCCAGGAGGAGACUCACUGGCCAGGAAGAGCAUCACAACACAUACUGGAGGAAGAGAGGGCUUCAGGACCCUUUCAAAGUGUUUGCCAAGCCAGUUGGGUACACCGGGUAUGUGGCGUCAAGGGCUGCACCUGUGGGUCCUGGGAGCAAUGGCCACUCUGGGAGUUGCACCAGCCAGCCCAUCAGGUGAGACUUUUCUGCCCAAAGAGCAGAAGCACCAGACACACGUGAGCAUCAAGGCAGCACACUAGCCUAGAGCCCAUCAUGAGCACUUCAUUCCUAUCCAUGAGGCAGCUCACAGACCAAGAGGCAGGCUGACUCAGACAGCAGGCACUGGAAAAGGAGGAAGCUGUGGUUACAGACUGCACCAGUAUCCACUGCCCCAUGGCCUCCAUCAUUUCCUCAACCCUGCUCUCCACACCUCCUUAUAACACGUCACCUCUCACCGCCCCGGCCACCUGCUGAGCCCUGCAGGGUGCUCUGCUGGAGGCUGAGAGGAGGGAGGGGAGAGGUGCUUUUGGUGUAUCCUGUGACCUCCCCAGAGGAGAAGGGGUUGAUGCCCAGCGGGAUCCUUCAUGCCAGCCCAGUAGUAUCGGACCCCACCACCCAGGUCACACUGUGAGCUUUUGCAUGUAGGCUUUGUGGGUAAGAUUGCCUUUACCUUGGCAUUCAGCCCAGGGUCCAGCUGACGAGGGAGGGCAUGGAAAUCAAGUACAGUGGGCACAGGAAUGAAAAAGGCAAGAAAGUCUGAUGUGGUGCCUUUCUGAGGGGGUGCUGGCUACUCCCAAAGCGAACUUGUUAAGUAUGAGGCAGAGAGGGGAAAGAAGGGCCUUUGUUCCCUCUUGAGCAAAGAACCUACAAGAAAAUGUAAUGUGGUUAAAGUAAACUUCUAUCCAACCAAAUUUUGGGGGUGGGGUUAGUUUGCUUUCGCUUUUUUAUGUCACGAGCCUUGUGGAAUCUUAGUUCCUUGAUCGGGGAUUGAACCCAGGGCUGCAGCAGUAAAAUCACGGUGUCCUAACCCUAUAGUGAAGUCGCUGAGUCGUGUUCGACUCUUUGUGACCCUAUGGACUAUAGACUGCCUGGCUCCUCUGUCCAUGGGAUUUUUCCAGGCAAGAAUACUGGAGUGGGUUGCCACUCCAGUGGGUUUCCUUCUCCAGGGGAUCUUCCUGAUCCUGUUGACACAGGAAUCAAACUCAGGUCUCAUGCAUUGCAGGCAGACUCUUUACCAUCUGAGCCACCAGGGAAUCCCCUUGAUUUCAUUUAUUUCCAAGAAAACAACUGCACACACAUGGUUGAAAAUUAAAUAGAAAAGAAGGCAGAAGUUUCCCACUCCAUUCUUUUCUAACCACUUUCCAGGGGAGCAACCAGUUUUUUAAAGUCUGCUUUUAUAAUGGAUAACUUUAUUCCUCUAAAUGAUGAUUAUAUGAUGCCAUAUGGGUCCAGUUAUCUGCAACAAGAUGGUGACAAGUGCACUGCCCACACCUUUGGGGAUUCUUGAACUCUAGGUCUGAGCCAGACACCGAGCACACUUCUGUGCCCUUAGGGAAGCAGGUAAAUAUGCUCUCAGCUGUACCAGGGAUGUUUUCAUUUUGUCAGGUUAUGUGUGGUUGUUGGACGGCCAAAGUAAAAAUGGAGUGGAUGUGUUUUGGAUACCCAGUGACUGAAAACUCUCAUUACCUGAGGUUCUUGGCUCACCUUGAAUACUGUUUCUACCAAAAAGGCAAGAUAAAUGCUUCUCUCACACUCCCAUUUAAUAUAAUAGUUUCCUCUGAUUGUUUUCUCUUUGAGUGUCAAUAUGGACUCAAGGAUUUUUAUACAUCCACUGUGACUCAUUUGUGACAGUUGCUAUUUUUGAUGCUCAAAUUGUCCCAUAUUUGAUGUGCAGGGUUUUUUUUGUACUUUUCUUGUCCAGGUCUGAAACUUUUAGAAAGAUUAGUGGGAAAAAGUAUUUAGAAAAGGAAAUCCACAUUCCAGGGUUGAUCAUUGUCUCUGGGAUGUUAGGGUGGCUUUUGGACUUACAGACAACAUAUUUUGAAAAUUGUGAGUUUGAGAUGGGAGUGGUUGCACACAAUGUGAAUAUACUUAAUGCCACUGAACUGUAUACCUUCAAAUGACAAUUUUUAUGUAUAUUUUACCAUAAAACAUAACAUAAAAUUGAGCUCAUAGUGA